CGGCCAUCCAAAACCCACAAAGCAAAAACAACAACAACUUCAUUCUACUACUAUAUAAGCAACUUGGAAGAAAGAAGAGGAAAAAGCACGCACAUACUGAAAAUGUCGUCUAACCAGGAGCAUUACUACAACGCUGGCAAAGCCGAGGGCCGCGCUGAGGAGAAGACGGGGAGGAUGGCGGACACGGUGAAGGAGAAGGCUCGGUCGGCCAAGGAGACGGCCGGAGCGAAGACGCAGGAGGCGAAGGACAGGGCCGGGGAGGCGGCGGAGGCGACGAAGGAGAAGACGUACGAAGGGAAGGAGAAGACGAAAGGGAUGCUGGCGGAGACGGGGGACAAGGUGAAGAACAUGGCAGCCAGCGCCGCUGACACGGUGAAGCAGACGCUCGGGAUGGGCGGCGACAACCAGACCGCCGCCGGCGAGCAUCGGGUGACUCAUGAGCGGGAGGAGCAUGGUCUUGGUGGUGGUAUCGGCGGCACCGGCGGGCAGCAGCGCACUACCACCACUACGCGUAAGGAGACUAAUUACUAGAGAGAUCGAUCGAAGUGACUUCUUGCCCGUCGUCGUAGUGGCCGGGCCGGUUGUAAUAAAUAAGCGCGCCAGCUUUCAUUUUAGGGAGUGGGCGUGUGUUUGAUUUGCUUUGUUUGUUUGUUUGGCGGUUUUCUUUUCAAGCCUGGGUGCGUGCAUGAGAUGUUGUUCAGAGGGGAGUUUCUUUUGGAUUCCUCGUUUGAAGAAACGGCACCGUGCCGUGCGUUACUAGUACUUUGCCGCCGUAGCUGGUUUUUGAAGGGGGGCAAGGAAUGUUAUUUGUGAAAUAAUAACAAAAAGAGUGCCUUUUUGGUAUUUAUCAUUUGGGAUGCGUUUAACGUUUGGGUCUAGUGAGAUAUGGGCCUAACUACCUCGUAGCCCAGGACAUCGUUGGGCUGCAUAUCUGCUCCAUGACCCAGCAACUAUAGUGCGGUUGUGGUAUGCUGGGCCUCCAUCGCAAGCCCAGCGUGUUUUCGGACACAAUCUAAUAUUCCAAAAUGCAAGAAAGUGGCACGGGAAGUUUGGUAUGGAUACUGAAUACCAUAAUAAUUUUUCAAUAUUUGGUAUUAUCGAACACACCUAUUAUUUUAUAAUACGGUUCACUGUUGAAAUAUAAGUUAGUGUGUAUUUUCUCCAUUUCAACUAUAUAUGCUCCCUCAAUGCUAACAGACCCUCAACCGUUUAAAUGGACACUUAAUUAUAUAUAGCUUGUUCUCUCACUGUCAUUCGUUACAUAUAUUAUGUUUAUGGGCUGCUCAGUCGUCUUCUAUUUUAGUCUGUUGCUUUAGUUUGUUAUUGUGUUUCUUAGAACACCAUUUUUUCCUAGAUUGUCGUUAUUGUAUUUGAGAUUUUUUUUCCUAUUUAUAUUGCACGAGUGUUGAUAUUAUUAUUUAUUCUUUUAUAUAGUUUGAGAAUGAUUUGUGAAGUUGCUGCAACCUGCAAGAUGAAAAGUUUUAUAUUUAAUUGAUAAUUUUCAAGAGAAUUAAUAAAAGAUGAAAAGUUUUAUAUUUAAUUGAUAAGUUUCAAGAAAAUUAAUUUGAUAUUUGGUAUAUAAUGAUAUUACAUCGAAUUUACUUUGAGAUUGAAUUCAAUGCAUUAUUUUGUACUCAAGAUAUUGAUAUUCGAUAGUGAAAUAUCGAUACAAUACUAAUUUCCCACAUAGGCCAAAAGAAAAAGGACACCCAUGACCCAACUCACGCAACUCAAUCCCACUACUAAUUGGCCUAAACAACCUUUUUUUACUUUUUUGAGUUUUGAGCCCCUAGGCCUAGCUAGUAGUUAAUAACUUAAGUGGAGCUGUAAUUAGGUGAAGUUAAGCAGAGUUUGCCGCCUAAUCACACGACACAAACCCUCAUUUUUCUUUGGUAAUCGCCGCCCCCCGCCGUAAGUCGUACUCGUAUCUAGCGAGUUUGACUUGACCCCUCUAUUAUAUAUGCCUGUUGCCAUUUCAUGGAAAACUUUGGUUUCAAGACUGUUCUUUUUUUUUUUUUUGCUUGAAGCAUGGAUGAUUACGUGUUCUUCAAUAUGUUAAUAGUUUAAUUAGUGUGAUUCAUCAUGAAAGCCAGGUGGUGAAGGUGAUAAUCUAAUCUCACAGAAGGUCGCACGUAAUCUUGGGAUUAAGAUUUUUCCAUUUUGACAAAUUGUAAUCAUUUUGAUUCGAUCUUCUUGUUUUGGAGGCCCUAAAUAACCGCUUAACUAACCAUACUUAAUCUCGGUUUCCCAGAGAUGGAUCAACGGGUCGGACCGAAAACGCCGGUUGUUGAUAACUUAAUGAUUUAUCGUAUCAUAGAGAAUGAUAUGAAAUUUAUAAUUAACAUUCUUUCAGCAACCCGAGUUAUUGUGAUAAUUUGUUUUGUGACAUGCAUGGUAUUAGAGAUGGUUUGUCUUUUGUCAAUUUAAGCAAUAUCUUAAAACAUCUUAUAUUGCGGACUUGUGGAAACUCCAGCCCAAUUCUAAUAACAAAGGCAGCUAAUUGCA